AUGAUGGAGACGAAUAAAUUUUCACCAAAUUGCUUAAUGGAUUGCAUGUAUACUGAUUAUGAAAUCUAUGAUGGUCUGGAAACGAUUAACUUGGAGGCAGCUAAAAAGUUAUUAGAUGAACAAAUUGCUAAUGAAGAUUUCAAUGCGGUAUAUAUGAUGGCAUUUGAAAGAUGUGGUCAAUUUGAAAAAUCCAAUCUGUUUGAAGUGUUCUCUUUCAUCAAUAACACCAACAUACAUGGCUGUGAUAAAUAUCCCAUGUUUGUGGAUACAUGUGUUUGGUACUAUACUGUGGCCAAUUGUCCAGCAACACAUGCUCUGGACAGUGAUGAGUGUAAACAAAAAACUGAAUGGGUUAAUGAAUGCCUUUUCAAAUAA